GUGUGCAUAAUGUGCGUGUAAUAUAUAUUGUAAUAGGCAGAUAUUUACAGUUAGAGUUAUCUGGUGUGGGUAAAUAGGAGUGGGCCCAGGACAGAACCCUGGGGGACCCUUGAUAACAGGGUUAUCGUUGUAUUUUAUCACAUUUCCUCCCUGAGAGGUACUUUUUUAAAUAACUGACAGCCUGCUGGGACAGCUGUAGCUUCACAASACAGUGAUGAAGAGAGCAGCACAAUCUGCUUCUCCACAGAGUGGCUUUAACUGAUGAUCAGCCUCAGCAAAACGUGUCCAUUUUCACUUCCUGCAUGGUUUUUGGGUCCACCCCAGCCAUGUGACACUGAACAUUGUGGACAAGUGAUUCUGAUAUMAGCAGAUCUGCCUGUGGAUUGAUUGAGCUGAGGCAUAAUUUCAAACUAUCCUGGAGAGAGUUGCAAACCUUCUUCUCUGUUUUAGAAGACGAGUGCGUACAGGUUGAGGGUUCAGACAAACUGGACCAUUUUCAACAAGCCUUCAAGAACCUUUGUUAGAGCAGAUAAAUUACAAUCAGAGUUUGUCAAUUCAGAUGAAAUUUUGCAAAGGAAGCAAAAGAAUAAUUAAAUAUUUGUAUUGUGAUGCAGCUCAGAAGUGACUAAUUUAUUUCCGCAAAGCAAAGAAUCUGGGACUCUGGUGAAAAAAGGGGAAGCAUUCAGGAACAUAAAGUGCUUUCUUCAGAUAAGUCUGUGAUAGCAGAAGUGUCACAACCACCUGUUGCGGAAAUGCCUUCAUCUUUUAUAGAUCCACAGGAAGUAUUGCACAAACGCUCAUCUCAGCGAGGCUGCUGCUGCAGUUCCACUUCAUGUGAAGGAUGGACGAGAYGAGACGCUUUCACGUGCUCAUCUGGAUGCUGGCUGCAGGGGCAGCGUUCUCGGUUUCUUCAGGCUUCAGUAUCGACUUGGAGAAUCCCAACAUUCUUUCUGAUGAAAAGAAAGAUUUUUUUGGAUACAAAGUGCUUCAGUUCUCAUCUUCUGGGAACAAAGGGGUAAUCGUCACUGCACCUCUGCGCCAAAAUGGAUCAGGAGGAGUUUUCAGAUGGGACCAGAACCAAAACACAAGCUGGUUCAACCCGGGACUUCCUCAGUCGAACCAAUCUACAGUGAAACACCUCGGCUUGUCCAUAGCUGCAGACACAACAGGCUCAAGAUUCACAGUUUGCAGCCCGAGUCUUAGUCACACAUGUCAUGAGAACUCCUACCUGAACAGUUUGUGUUUCAACAUCACUGAUGACCUUCAUCAGAUCUCCUCUUUCAAGCCUGUGUUCCAAGAUUGCACCGAAAAGACAGUAAACCUGGUCUUUUUAUUUGAUGGAUCAGGGAGCAUGACUACUGAUGAAUUUAAUAAAAACAAAGAUUUCAUUGUGGAAAUAAUGAACAGCCUUAAAAACACAUCAAUCAAGUUUGCAGCAGUUCAGUUUUCCAAGGAAAUCAGGAAAGUUUUUGAUUUUAAUGACUACGAUGCCGGUCAGGCUCAGAGGAAACUCAAGAGUGAAAAUCACAUGAAGAGUCUCACUAACACACACACAGCCCUCACAUUUGUCUUGUCAGACAUCUUUGACAACCCGGCAGCAGGCGCCUCCCCUGAUGCAACUAAAGUUCUGGUGAUAAUUACAGAUGGAGAUCCAAGUGACUCAGACAGAAAUAAAACUGUAGCCCAGUAUGAAAAGAAAGGAAUAAUUCGAGUUGUAAUUGGGGUCAAAGGUGUGAAGAUAGAUAAAUUCACAGAAAUUACCUCAGAGCCAAAACAGAAUAAUUUUUUCCAAAUUGAACAGUAUAAUGGGCUCACAGGACUCCUGGAAAACUUUCAAAAGAAAAUCUUUAACAUUGAAGGGUCCAAAGUGACUCGAGCAGCAGAAAUGAAAAAUGAAAUGUCUCAGACUGGAUUCAGUUCAGUCUUCUACAAGGAAACCCUGUUUCUGGGUUCAGUGGGAUCAAACGCCUGGCGUGGUUCUCUCUUUGAGCAUCAAGAACAAAAUGAAAAACAGAUCUCAGAUCCAAAAAUGGAAAUGGAUUCCUACAUGGGAUACUCUCUGUCUGUUGGACAGAGGAACGGUGGAGUUUUAUUCUUUACAGGAGCUCCUCGUUUCAACCACACUGGACAGGUUGUACUUUUCACACAAAACAACAAAACCUGGGAAACUGUUCAAAGAAUGACCACAGACCAGAUUGGUUCUUACUUUGGAGCAGAGCUGUGUUCUGUAGACAUCGACUCUGACGGGAACACAGACUUCCUGCUGGUGGGAGCGCCGAUGUUUUACCAACCUCAGGAGAAAAAAGAAGGAAGGAUCUACAUUUAUAGACUUUCUGAUGAGAUCCAACUAAUAAGUGUGGAUAAUGUGACAGCACCAUCUAUGGGUAGAUUUGGCAGCACCAUAUCCAGUCUUUCAGACCUGAAUGGAGAUGAACUCAGAGAUGUUGCUGUUGGAGCUCCUCUGGAGGAGGAUAGCAGGGGGGCUGUGUACAUCUACCUGGGAGACAGAAACAGAGGAAUACGCAGCACUUUCAGCCAGAGAAUCACAGGAGAGGUAUUUAAAGCAGGGAUGAAAUUCUUUGGACAAUCCAUCGAUGGAGACAUCGACCUCGGCGAUGAUGGACUUCCAGAUAUUGUGGUUGGAUCACAGGGUUCUGCUGUUAUCUUAAGGUCCAAGCCCAUCUUUAACGUCACGGCUCACCUGUCGUUUCAUCCUGAAGUCAUCAGCACYGUGGACAUCAACUGUGUAAAUGACAAAGAUGAAACUUUACCAAUGRUUACUGUAACAGCCUGCUUUGAAGUGGUGGAAGCAACAAAGACAAAAGCAAAAUCAGGCUCAAGCUCAAGACUGAACAUCUCCUACACUCUGAAUGUGGAUCAGACAAGACAAACAAAUCGGGGAUUCUUCAUUCAGGAUAAGAAUAAAAACAGAAGUAUUACUCACUCCUACAUGCUUCUCAACAAGACAACUUGCGUCAAUCAUCCUAUCAACAUGACAAGAUGUGUGACAGACACGUUGUCACCCGUCAACAUCAAGUUAAACUUUUCUCAAGCUGACACCAAGACCUCAGAGGUGGUUCUGAAUGAGGACAGCAGGAGGGAGGCUGUAGCUGAGGCUCCCUUUGAAAAAGAAUGUAUAAAAAAUGACACAUGCAUCGCUCAGCUUGUUGUGGAUUUCAACUUCCUGUCUGAAACAUUACUGGUGACUGAAGGUAACUACUUCAACGUGUCAAUAACACUGGAAAAUAAAGGCGACGAAUCAUACAACACCAGCCUGACAAUGCACUAUCCUCCAGGCCUGUCCUAUUCAAUGAUGAAACUUACAAAGUCCACCAGGUCAGCCCUGUUCCACUGUAGGGACCUGGAUGGAGUUGAUGACAAAACCGUGUGCGGCAUCAGCCUUCCAGUGUACCGCAGCAGAUCCUCUGCAACGUUCCACACUGCUUUCCACGUCUCAAAGGAUUUUCCGUGGAAUGACACCCUGCUGAUGACUGUAACUGGAAACAGUGACAACUCCAAGAUGGUUUCAGUGAACAAAAGUAUCCUAGUACAAUAUCAGAUCGCAAUGGCCCUAACAAUAAAUGAAGACACCGUUUCCUAUUUAAACUUCACGACAGAGGAUCCUGCAUCUAAAAAUAUGGAAAUUGUUUAUAAAUUGGACAAUAUUGGUUUUAAGGAUUUUCCAGUUGAYGUGUCUCUGUUCUUCCCAACUAAACUGGAACACAACUUUGAAGUGAUCGAUUAUAAAGUUUCUGUUUCACAGAACAAAACUCAGUGCUCGAAGAGUUCCAACCUGAAAUCUGAGUCCUGCUCAGCAGAAAAAAAGUGUGUCCUUGUGAAGUGUAAUACUUUUAUUUUGAAGAGUUAUUCAAAUGUUGAGUUUCGGCUGAAGGGAAACGUACAUUUUAAAGACAUCCAGCAACAUGCAGUGAAUCUUGGGUUUUUUAAACGCUAUACUGGAGACGGCAAAGAAGUCAAAUUAAGGAGUUUUAUACAAGUUGACUACGACAAAAAAACUUUUGUUCUGGCUUCUCAUAAGGAGUGGAAGGAUGAAAACCCAACCAAGAAAUCGGCUGAAGUUCAGGUUGAGCUCAUAAUCCUGCCGAACCAGCUGCUGAUCAUUUUAACUGGAGCUGUACUGGGACUGUUGCUUCUGAUCAUAAUCACGGUCAUCAUGUUUAAGAUGGGCUGCUUCAAGAGAAAAACCUCAGAGUAUUUUCAGGAGCAAGCCGACAGUGAUUCCAUUCAAUACGAAAAAGCCGCCGCAAAGACCCCCGUGCCAACCAAUGAGACGACGACCAUGUCAGAAACUGAUGAGAAGUUCGACCCGGCUCCAGAAAACAAAAAGCUUAUUGAUAACAGCGAGGCUAACGCCUGCCCUGUCAAAGAAAAAGACCCAGAUUUGUCUCUAAGUGUAAAUGUUUCACAAUUUGACGCAGAUUUUUAAUCAAACCAAACACGUGACUGGGAGAACAGGAAUGAGGAAUUACUGUAGAAUUAAAAACUGAAAACGUUUUAAACCUUUCUGGCAACUACUUUUCAAGAAACUACAGCUAAAAAAAUUUUAAAAUCAGAAAACUGAGCUUCAUGUCUCUGUAAAAAUAACAAAAAAACAGAGCUGUACUUGUGUUGGGCUCAGCCGUUUUGACAAAGUACAAUAUGAUAUUUGUUCUCAGUCUCYGACGAUGUUUACUGUAAAUAUACUCAUUGAUUUAAAUAUGUAGAAUCUUAGCAAUACAAAAUGCUUAUAAGAUGCGACCAUGUCUGCAAAAACAAUAAACAAAAAACAGAAAUCCAGUGGUGGGUCCAGUUCCACUAAUCCUCUGAUGACUAGCUUCUCAUUUGGAUUAGCUUUUUGCUAACUUUGACAACUGUUAACAGACCCAUCUGCUAAAUUAGAGUCCACUAAUUUUAAGUCCACAAAAAAAAAGUUCUAAUUUUAUGCAAUUUAUCCCAAAUUGAAUAAAAAUUAUCUCCUUUGUUGCAGGUCUGGACAAUAUUUAAAUUACAAAUACACAAAACGACUUAGGGUUAUUGGUUUCUUCUUGAAAGCAUUUUUAAACUAAAAGAAAAGUGGGAAAAAAAGAUCAGCGAUGUUUCAGUUGAUUAAAUAAAAACGUUUGCAGACAGAUUUUUAAAACAAUGCUAGUUGACAAGCUGAGCGUGUUGCAGGAUACAUAUGGAAUAGCUGUUACAAAAAUGUGCAUGUUUAUUUUAUGCAAAGAAAACAUCUAUAAUCAUAAGAAAUGCUGGAUUAAACCUAUUCUUUUUGUAAA